AUGGCGUUCGUCGUGGAAAAUCGGGAUUUCAUCGAGCGUGCAGCCAGGAUUUAUAGCAUCGGCAAGAACGAUAAUGCUAGUGACCACAUUCAUAACAGCACGGAAAACUGCAAUGAUGACUGCGCCGAAGCAGAUUAUCCAGCCAUUUUGAAGGAAACGCUUACCACAUUCACAUGCACCGAGCGCAUUGCGUUCGGCACAGUAGUGUGGAUUUUGUUUGUGAUUUCAUUGUGCGGUAAUGUUGGUACUUUGCAUGUGAAUUUCCGGCGUAAAAUACGACCCUUUCAUCGGGCUUCCCUUAUUUCGUUGGCGGUUAGUGAUUUGAUGAAUACCAUUUUCCUGGCAGUGCCUUACAUGAGUAAAUUUUCGACACAAUUUGUGGAGCUUUGGAUACUUGGUAGUACCAUGUGCCAUUUGGUGCCAUUCUUAACCACCGUAGCUAUAUUGGUCAGUUCGAUGACGCUUGUGGGCAUCGCUUUGGAUCGUUAUUUUGCAGUCAUGAGAGCCGUAAUUAGUUUUUGGAAUCCUGGUGCCAUUUUCUGCGUGCUCAGCAUGCUCACUAUUUGGGCAACAUCCAUGGGCAUCUCUUAUCCAGCGUUACGCGUUUAUAACUUAUAUCCCGUUUACAUUCUUACUGUUGCUACAGACGCUAACGUUGAUGGCUCACUGGAAAACUUCACUACAGAUUCAUCAGCAACGUUGUCGUCAACCGAAACUACAUUUACGUCUUCACCCAUUGUCGCAAUAGAUACACAAUCUGGCUGGGAACAAGAGGCCUUCAACAAAAAUGUGUCAUACAUACCGGUGACACAGGAUGCGCUUGUGAUUAUGUGCGCUUGCGCCAAGUCAACUAUCAUAACAUACUACUUCAUUGUGUUCUACAUAAUUUUCCUACCUUCAAUAAUUGCCUUUGUAUGGAUCAAUGCAGUUAUUGCCAAACAGCUAUGGAAUAGACGUCAUACUGCCGCCGCCAUUGAUGAGAAACAAUCAAAUGAGGCGAAACAUUUUCGAAAACGCCAACAGAUCCAAAGUGGUGGUGUUUAUUUGAAAAAAUCUGAUGACAAAGAAGACACAAAGGAACCAGCCAUUUUCAAUUUAGCAACUAUAUCUAGUAGUGUAGCGGCUGUCGAAUAUGCCCGCGUCAAUGGACCCAAUCCAAGGGAUCCAAGCCACAUUAGCGCAAAACCAUAUAUUUUAACAUGUACACCAGCGCAAUUAGUGCCAACCAAACCCUACAACAAUCGCGAAGCGCGUCACAUUCGAAUGUUCAUCGUCAUUAUUGUGUUAAUUUCCACAUUCCUCUGUCUCCGCUUACCCGCGUGGAUUUUCCUUCUAAUACGCCUGCAUGGCUAUGACGCCCCACAUAUGGAAUCCUGCCUUAACUUUGCCUUUGGUAUUCUAAAUCUAACCAGUUCGAUGUUGAAUCCGUUCUUGUAUACCUACCUGUCAGAGACAAUUAAAAUUGCACAUACUAUUAAGAGAACUGUGCGCAAAGUAGUUUGUGGAUGCGGGUUGCGUCAGCAGAAGCAUAAUCAUGCCGCCACGCGGCCAACAGCGACUUAUGGCGGUUGUGAUUGUGGUGGCAUACCUUUGGAACAUUCUACACGGAUCUGUUGUGGGAGCCGUUGGCUGGAUAAGUUCGGUUUUUGUACUCAGAAACUACUUUGCGAAUUCCUUUGGAGCAAUAGUAAUAAUAACAAAGAGCCAAUACACCUAAUCUCGGAUGAUGGACCAAAAGUAAAUAGCUCGAUGGAUGCUAAUGAGAAGGACGAGGGUAUCGAUUGUGGUGCUGAAAGCAUUGACUCCGAUAAACAGAUUUCUCCUGGGCUGUUGAUGUCUUCUUCGGUAAAAAUACCAAUGUAA